AUGUUCUCCAUCACCACGCAACAAGUUUAUCUACCUACACUCCGACGGGCAGCUAGCACCCAAGCCAAGCCUCGCGGUCUUCAGGGCAUUCUUGAGAAAAGAUCGAAUGAUGUUGUCAUUACCUUUGCAAAGCGUACAGCGGUGGGAAGAGCAAAGAAAGGUCAACUGAAGGACACUCCAGUCGAUGAGCUCUUGCACGCGUUAUUCAAGGCUACCCUCGCUGAGACCAAACUAGAUCCAUCCAAGAUUGACGACAUUUGUGUGGGAACAUGCCAUCCCCCUUCGCCGCUUUACAUCUCUCGAGCGGCGGCACUAGCUGCUGGAAUCCCUUGCAAUGUUCCCAUUUCUACAGUGAACCGUCUUUGCUCCUCAGGCCUAAUGGCUAUCCGUAAUAUUGCCCAUGCAAUUCAAUUUGGAGAGACCUCGCUCGGCCUCGCAGUCGGCGUCGAGAGCAUGAGUUUGAAUCCACGACCAACGCCGGAAGUGGUGGAGUCUAUUGCCAGUAAUCCUCAAGCCCAUGACUGCAUCGAGCCAAUGGGCUGGACUUCUGAAAUGGUUGCCCAAGCCUUCAAAGUGUCACGCAAGAAGCAAGACGAGUACGCACUCAUUUCACACAGCAGAGCUAAUGAGGCCGUCGCAAGAGGCGUCUUUGCCGAUGAGAUUAUACCCAUCGAACUGAACGGAAAGGUAAUAUCCGUAGAUGACACUAUCCGUCCAGGAGUCACGUCGGACAGUCUCGCCUCUCUCAAACCAGUCUUUCCAAACUGGGGCGAAUCAUCCACAACAGCAGGCAAUGCUAGUGGGGUCGGUGAUGGAGCGGCACUUUGUAUUCUCACGACGCGGGAGCGAGCGGAGCGGGAGGGAAUGGAUAUUGUGGGCAAAUGGGUCGCAAGUACCGUUAUCGGGGUGGAGCCGAGGUACAUGGGUAUCUCGCCCAUCUUUGCGAUCCCCAAACUUCUGCAACAAGUGGGGCUCUCGAAGGAAGACAUCGACGUGUACGAGAUCAAUGAGGCUUUCGCCUCACAAUUCGCGUAUUGUGUAGAGGAAUUGAACAUACCGAUCCAGAAAAUCAAUCCCAAUGGCGGGUCAAUUGCCAUCUCGCAUCCCCUUGGAAUGACUGGUAUUCGUCAGGUUGUGACGGGUCUCGCAGAGUUGAAGCGCAGAGGUGAGAAGGUGCUUUGCACAAGCAUGUGUAUCGGGAGUGGAAUGGGAGCAGCUGGUAUCUUCGUAAACGAAGUUAUUCAUUGA